UGAGAAAUCAGCGGAUCGGGCAGAAUGUGCGCACGCUCCGAAAAUCGAGUUUUUAUCAAAUAUCGGGCGAUUUUGCGCAGAUAAAGCGACGACGCGAGGAAAAUAACAUCUCGUAGACCGCGAUAGCUUCGGGGGAGAGUGAACUGUUGGCCGUGUUUGCUCCCGGAGCGCCUGGAUUAUCUGAGAUUAGCUGACCGGCUAAAAAGCUAACAACAAAAACAGACACCAGCUGAUUUAAGACAGAAUCAUGGCCGAGUCCAGUGACAUGAUCGAAGUCACAGUGAAGACUCUGGACUCUCAGAGCCGGACCUACAAAGUCCGAGGAGAGCUCACAGUGAGGCAGUUCAAGGAGCACAUCACGGCGUCGGUGGAGAUCCCGGUCAGUAAACAGAGACUGAUCUACCAGGGCCGCGUGCUGCAGGACGAGCGCACUCUGGCCGACUACAAUGUGGACGGUAAAGUGAUCCACCUGGUCGAACGCGCCCCUCCGCAGACGUCCACACAGCCGGGCCCGGGGGGAGCAGGAGCGACCCCAGGAGGAGGAGCCGAGGCCGGGUCGAGCGGCGGCAGCAGCCACCCCCCCUCCUCCUCCCAGGGCUCCCCACACGAUCGCAACGGAAACAGCUACGUCAUGCUGGGGACGUUCAACGUGCCCGUCAACAUCAUGGAUCCUCAACAAAUACAGAUGUCCGUUCAGCAGAUGAUGGCCGGAGUGGGAGAAGCUGGGAGGAAUUCCAGAGUCAGCGCUGGGACAGGGAGCUCCGGUGCAGUGGACGUGCAGAUGAGCCUGGAGCAGACGGCGCACAGCGAGGCCCGGAUGAGGCUGCAUUUGGCCGAGAACCUGCUCCGAGACGCACGCGCUCUCAUCUACAGACUGGAGGGAGUUUCUGGGGACAGUGGCUCUCACUCGGACUCUGAGGUGUCCCAGUCUUCGUCUUCUCCUGUCCCCUCCACGUCUGCGGAGAGCGGGGCCUCGCAGUCCGCAGAGCCGGGGCCCUCUACUGGAGCCUCGUCCACAGCCACACAAACCCCAGGAGCAGCCAGCACUGGGACUAAUCCUCCCAGCCCGGCGGAGUUCAUGGAGGUUCUGUCUGAGGUGAGGAGGGUGGAGGAGAGACUGAGGCCCUUCAUAGAGAGGACCCACUCCAUCCUGGGGGCCGCCACCUCCGCCGACUACAACAACAACACAGAGGAGCGUGAGGAGGACCAGCGUGUUCUGAACCUGGUGGGGGAUGCUCUGCGAGUGCUGGGGAACAGUCUGGUGGUUCUGGGGGAUCUGCGCUGUAACCUGUGCAGCCGUCCCCCUCGUCCCCUCCACGUGCUCCGCCCCAUGGCCCACCUGACCCAGGCCCACCCUGUGCUGCUGCAGGCCGGACUUCCCCACAUGCCCAUCCCCAUUAACCUGGGCACCACAGUCACCAUGACGUCAAACGGGAGAGACGCCCGUCAGCCCCCGCAAACCUCCGGCCAAUCAGAGCAGCCGGCCCCAGGACAAGCCCCGCCCUCCGCCCACAAUGGGACCAAUCAGCAGCAAGGACAGGGGGGCCCACGGGUGAUCCGCAUCACCCACCAGACCAUGGAGCCCGUGGUCAUGAUGCAGAUGAACAUCGAUGGUGAUCCUCCUGGACAAGCCUCUGGUCAGGAGAACACAACAGACUCUGGACAACAAGGGGUCCCUCUGGCUGCGUUCCCAGGCCUCCCUCCUGAGUUCAUGCAGGCCAUAGUGCAUCAGAUCUCCCAUCAGGCAGCAGCCAUGGCCUCUGCAGCGGGUCCCCCCACAGCUGCAGCUCACGGCUCUCCUCCUGCCCAGGCUCGAGUGCUCAUCACCAGGCCUGCCUUCUCCCCACGGGGCCCUCCUCCUCCAGGGGCCAGAGGGACGACCAUCAACCUGAGGGCCACAGUGCCACCUGCAGGACAGCCAGGACAGGGUCCUCCAGUUCCUCCUGCAGCUCUCACUCAGAUGAUCAGUGGUCUGGUGGGGCAGCUGCUCAUGCCUGGACCCACAGAUGAUCCUGUCCACUCAGAGCCAGCCCCUCCGCCGCCUGCACAGCCCCCCUCUCAGAACAGUGCUGCGUCUGUGGGACAGCCAGCGGGGGGUGCUGCUGAUGGCGGCCUGGCCCAGCUCCUGAGCUCUCUGCUGGGAGCAGGAGGGGCUCAGGGGGGGCCUCCUCCUGGAGCUGCUCCAUCCAUCACUGUGACGCUGCCUGGAACUCCACUGCUCUUCCACUCAGAGGCUGCGCCUCCCCCCAGCGCCCCUGCCCCCCCGGCCCCUCCUCCCUCUGCCCCCCCAGCCCCUCCCUCUGCGGGCAGCGAGGCGGAGGAGGAGUCCCUGAGCCCGGAGCUGUUCUCUGGCAUCGUUCAGGGGGUUCUGUCCACCAUGAUGAGCUCUCUGGCCCCACAGCAGGGCACCACCGGGGAGAGCAUCGCCCACUUCAUCCAGAGACUCUCCCAGACCAGCAACCUCUUCAGCCUGGGCUCUGGAGAGGCUGGCGGUUUCUUCGGCGACCUCCUCUCUCUCCUCUGUCAGAGCUUCUCGAUGGUGGACAUGGUUCUGCUCCUCCACGGUAACGCCCAGCCCCUGAGCCGCAUACAGCCCCAGCUCACGCAGUUCUUCAGCCAGCACUACCUCCAGGGACGAGAGCCCACCCCACGCAACAUCCAGUCUGCCUCAGAGGAGUUGAUCAACAGCCUGGAGCCGCACAUCGCUGAGAGCUUUGCCGCAGUGACAGUGAGAGACGGAGUGGACAUUGUUCAGACAAACUUGUCCUUCUUCAGACAGCAGCUGGCUCAGAUGGCCACGCACAUCCUCCACUGUAACGACCCUUCCUUCGGGCCUCGUCUCCUCCUGCUCUGCACUCAGGCUCUGUUUGAGUGUUUGGCUCUGAACCUCUUCUGUCUGAGAGGAGAACAGAGCGCUCUCACGGCCGUCAUCAACCACCGCAUCAGGAGGAUGUCCGCGGAGGUGAACCCCAGCCUGGUCAACUGGCUCACGGGGAUGAUGUCUGCGCGGCUGCACCUCAUCCUGGAGCACAACCCGGUGACGCAGGACCACAUCCAGAACUACGUGGUGCACACACAGACACAGCAGAGGGCAGAGGCAGAGCGGGAGCAGCCACGAGACGCUCAUAAUCAAGAGGAGGAGCGUUUGUCUCCGGCCGCUGCCACCACAGCAGAGGAGGCCAUGGCUGCUUCAGGGGACAGGGCUGAGCGGGGCCCUUCAGCUGUGUCCUCAGGGGACAUGAGGCCCCACAACCCCCCAACGACCGCCACACCUGCCCCUGCACCUGCCCCUGCCCCCGCGGGACGAGAGGACGGGCCUGCAGAGGCAGAGCCGUGGGCAGCAGCUGUACCUGCGGAGUGGGUCCCCAUCAUCAGACACGACAUGUUGUCCCAGAGGAAGAUGAAGUCGCAGCCUCCUCUGUCCGACGCCUACCUGCACGGGAUGCCCGCCAAGAGGAGGAAGACCUCUCAGGGGGAAGGACCCGCCCUCUCUCUGUCAGACGCUGUGAGUCGAGCUGCUCGCACCGUGGGCGUCCUACCAGUGACCACCGCCUCCAGCCUGCAGGGGGAGCUAGAGACACCAGAGCUCCAGGAGGCCUACACCAGACAGGUGAAGAGGGACAUCCAGGAGAGGGUGAGGGACGACCCGGACUACAGCGCUCACAGGUUCCCCCAGACCCACCGGGCCUUCUCCCAGGAGGACUCGUGAGGGCCGGAGACACCUGUCAGUCCCACCUCUCUGCACCUGUCUCGCACCCGUCUGCACCAACCGUACGCAUCACCUGUAGCACCGCUCGGGCUCCAGAGCGACCAAUCGGACUGUAGCAAACUCCCCGUGUACCCUGACCACGUUUUGGGAACAGACGAAGCAGCGUCCCAGUGUCUGAAUGUCUGCAAGUUAUUAACCCUUUCACAUGUCUUUUUUUUUUCUUCAUGUUUUUAAUUUUCACAUUAAAUUAAGAUAGACUUUACACAGAGGAGUAAAAACCAUGGAUCUAUAAUAAGACCUGGAGAAGUCGAGUUAAAAAAGGUGCAUUUUGUGUAACUUUUCUGGUGGAGAGUCAAUCAAAUGUUUCUGCUUUGUCUGGAAUGUUUCACAGUUUCGUAUUAAACCUUAAACCAAGUUACAGGUCAGAUCUGUGGAGAGGCGACCCCGCUCACAGUCAGAACACCUGUUUUUCGACGUAUUUUUGAGACAUAAAACCAUCUGUAAUUGAAUACCGUAUUUUUCAGACUAUAAGGCGCACUGAAUUUUAAGGCGCGGUAUCGAUAAUGUUGAAUUCUCAUCUAUUUUCAUACAUAAGUCACAGUGGAUUAUAAGGGGCAUUAAGAGAAACAAACGGACGACACUUGAGACUGAUUUCUUAGUCUAGGCGUCCACGAUCCAUCGGCAGAUCGUGGUGUAAUUCGCCCGGCGUUUACUCCCUGUCUUGGGGAAUGUUUAUUAUAAAUGUGAAUGUGUGUGGAUCAUUUAAGUUUGUUUUUUUUUAUUUCCUAUGAGGACUCAAAUAUACAUUGAGUAAAAAUGUGUUUAAUGCAGCUUUACGCACAUUUGUUUAUAUUUUACAGAAAUUAAACUUAAAAACCACAUGGCUCAUUUGCAUAAACUAUAAGCUCUGAAAAAUACAGCUUGUUUCUUGUGCGCUGAUGCAGUUCAGCUUCUGUCGGACUAAAGGACACUGGAAUAUAUGUCUGUUGACUACAGUAUAUAUGCUCUUGACUACAGUAGCCGUACAAUAGCCGGCUUCGUAGUUUACCAAAGUCGUACUAAAUAUUUUAACAGAUUUUUGAGAGCCGUGUACCACAUAAAAUCGGUUUGAGGUCAGUAAGCACAAGCAGAACUAACACAUAAGGUGCACCCAUGGAGCUAUUAAAAGAAAUGAAGGGUGUUGUUGCUUGUAGCUGCCUGCAGGUGGUGUAGUGGCCACUCACUGGUACUACAGCGAAAAAAAUCCCCUGGGACGAGAAAUGAUUUUUCUCAUAGAUUUUUCUCGCAAUGUGAUCACAAACUGCUCGUGUUUGUCUGACAGGGCACCUACAACUUUAAAAAAUGUCGGAUUUUAUGGGGAUUUUUACCUAUUUUUAUAUCAUAAACUUCUCUUUCUCAGCUCAAAAUCCUUCAGUUGUCUUAAAAAACGCUUUAUAAUCAUUCGCUCCGACUCCGCUGUAGCUCCUCUCGCUCCGAUUGGUCGAAGUGAUCACGUGAUACACAAGACCACACUCCGUCCAUGCGCUUUCGUGCAUUCGCUGGAGGAAAACACUACUGCACAUGCUCAGUCGGCCCACAGCCACCGAAAGUAGCUCGCUGAACUAAAGGCGAAUCUGGAGUCAUGCGUCGUUGACCUUGACUUGGGCGCAUUGGAUUAUAAGGUGAUUUUGAGAACAUUUUGAGAACAUUUAAGGGUUUUAUGUGCGCUUUAUAGUCCGAAAAAUACGAUAAAUGUGGAACCUUCCAGGCAGAGCAAUGACCUCUCCAUAGAAACAAGCAGCUGACGGACCCUCAGCCAAAAAGUUACACAGUGCACCUUUAUUAUUCAACAGUAAACUCCAAUACACAAACCUCCAGACGAGAGUUUGAUUAGAAGUCUCUCUGUUCUAGCCCCACAAAGAAUUCUACCAUAGACUACAAUGUAAAAUGAACUGCUCAUGUUCGGCUUUCACAUAGGUCAGAUUUUGUAUUGACACAUUUCUAUUUUCAUAACUUUUUACAUGUUUUUAACCCUGAAAUUACCUAAAAGUUGCCAUUUCUAUCGUCACACAAUAGGUGGCGCUGUCUUUGAUUCAUGUUCUAGAUCUUAUUAUGUUUCUGUGGAUCAAACACGCCAAACAGAUCUGCUCAGAUGCCCUUCCUAGACUAGAGUCGGGAAACGCAACAGCCAGCACCUUGAGAGAGAAUCGAACCGACAACCCUCUCCACACAGGCUGAAAAAAAAAAGUUAAUGUUUCAUCUAAAAUCUGAAGUUUUUCACGUCACAUUUUCGUUUAAAAAUAAAAAAAAAUAAAAAAAUCUAUCUGAUGGAGAACCUUAGAGCUGUUGUGAUAUAUAUUUCAUUUUUAGCAAUAUCGAUUAUUGCAUCACCGAUACUUUUACGAUAUCUUGUGCAGCCCUAAUGCCAAACACUACGAAGCAUUUUAUUUGUUUGUUCCUUUAGUUUAGAGUUUAAUUUAACUUUUGAUACUUUGCAGCUGAUGUCCUCAACAUUCCCUGGGGGUGUGAUGAUUUUAAUUUGUCAUUUUUAUUUUUAUUUGAUUCUCAGUUUUAUUUGAACAUGAUCUGACCAGAAAAAACAGACUUAGCUGGAAGUGACAAUUCUAGGGUGACCCACAUUUUCAGAAUUCGAAACUGGGACGUACACGCGUUGGGAUGUUUGGUGUAAAUAAGAUCGUGAAGAGAAAGUGAAUCCGUGUAUCGUUGGUUCAUUCGUUUUUCAAUAUAAAAUCAAAAAUAAGAAAAUGAAAAAACAACUAUUUUCUUCAUUAUUUGUCUCCAAAACCAAAAUGGAAAAACAAUUUGUUUUUUCAGUUUUUGAUUUUGUGUUUAAAUGAAAAAUGGAAAAAACUGAUAACCAAAACUGCAAUGUUGGACUUUUGUGCCGCAUACGGACGGAACCAGGACAGAACCAGGACGGAACCAGGACAGAACCAGGACGGAACCAGGACUGAACCAGGACUGAACCAGGACUGAACCAGGACGGAACCAGGACGGAACCAGGACGGAACCAGGACUGAACCAGGACUGAACCAGGACUGAACCAGGACUGAACCAGGACGGAACAACCAGGACGGAACCAGGACGGAACCAGGACUGAACCAGGACUGAACCAGGACUGAACCAGGAUGGAACCAGGACGGAACCAGAACGGAACAACCAGGACUGAAGCAGGACUGAAGCAGGACUGAACCAGGACGGAACCAGGACGGAACCAGGACGGAACCAGGACUGAACCAGGACUGAACCAGGACUGAACCAGGACUGAACCAGGACGGAACCAGGACGGAACCAGGACGGAACCAGGACGGAACCAGGACUGAACCAGGACUGAACCAGGACGGAACCAGGAUGGAACCAGGACGGAACCAGAACGGAACAACCAGGACUGAAGCAGGACUGAAGCAGGACUGAAGCAGGACUGAAGCAGGACUGAACCAGGACGGAACCAGGACUGAACCAGGACGGAACCAGGACGGAACAACCAGGACUGAACCAGGACUGAACCAGGACGGAACCAGGACUGAACCAGGACUGAAACAGGUCUGGACUGAGUGUGGGGACUUUCGGGUUAUCAGGACAGACUUGAGACCGUUUUAGUCCUGGUUUCAGGUGUCGGGUCUCUGUCACUGUCGGGUGAUCAGGAUUGAGACCAGGACUGACCAGAACCGGUUUAGUCCUGAGACCGGUUUAGUCCUGAUUUAGACCUGGUUCAAUUCUGGUUUAGACCUGGUUCAGUCCUGGUUCAGUCCUGGUAUAGACCUGGUUUAGCCCCGGUUUCAGUCCUGGUCGCAGUCCUGGUCUCAGUUCCGCUCUGGUCCUGGUCUCAAUCCCUGUUUCAGUCCUUGUCCCGGUCUGGUCCUGGUCUCAGUCCUGAUUACCCGACAGUAUAUGCAGGCGCAACUCCGGGGCCCGUCCCAACACUCAGUCCUGUUUUAAUCCUGUUUUAGUCCUAGUUUAGUCUUGUUUAAUUCUGGUUUAUGCGGCGCAAAAGUCCGGCAUCACGGCAUUAAGUCACAAAAACAGAAAAAAACAAAUCUUUAUCUGUUUUUUCAUUUUGGUUUUGGAGCCAAAUAAUGAAGAAAUAGUUGUUUUUUCAUUUUCUUAUUUUGAAAAACAAAUGAACGAAUGAUACACUUGAUUGUAAAACACCCCCAGCGCGAUGUCACUCCAAAAUAUCUAUAACAAUUCCCAUUUUGACAACUGGCUGUGCUUUUUUUUUUUCCAUUUUAUACAUGUUUUAUACUUUUCCACUGCUCCGUCUGUGCUCGCAAUCAUAUUUCUAACUAUUUUUGAUGAGAAAUUGUCCAAUACGUAAAGCAGGAAUGUCUAGAAAUAUUAUAAAAGUAUUACAAUAUUUUUAGUAAUAUAUUUUUCUUUGAUUACAGAGCUAAAAUGUUAUUCGUGCGCUCCUGUAUUUUAAUUUCUGGUAAUGGUUUUUGGUUGAAUCGUUGCUUUUACGGACCUGAGUAAUUUGUAUUGUACCAUGUGUAUAUAAUAAUAAUAAUAAUAAUAAUGAUAAUAAUAAUAAUAAUAAGUGUAUUUUGUACAUAGAUGUAAAAUGAAAACUGGAGUAGCUGCUGUGACCCGACACCUGUCAAUCAUCAUCAUUCCUCAUUUUCUGUUCACUUUUUUGGAAAAUUAUGAAUAUUUUUGUAGUUUUGGAGAAGCAGACGGGAACAAAAACGAAUUACAUACCCCAAAAUGUAGUUUGUAACGGAAUCCAUUAAAUUACUUAAAGUGAGUAAUGUAAUCUGAAUACUUUGGAUUACUUGAUUUGCUGUAGAGAAGCAAAGACGAGGAAAUCUUCACAUAAGAAGUUUUGUCUGAUAAAAGAAAAUAAAAAAGCCCAGACUUUACUGAACCAAAUUAAAAAUAUUGUUGAUAGAAGAAGAGGAGACAUGUCCACACAGCAUGAUUUAGUCCUGUUACAUCCUGUUUUAGACCUGGUUUAGUCCUAGUUUAGUCCUGGUUUAGACCUGGUUUAGACCUGGUUUAGACUUGAUUUAGACCUGGUUUUAUCCUGGUUUAGACCUGGUUUAGUCCUGGUUUAGUCCUGGUUUAGACCUGGUUUAGUCCUGGUUUAGACCUGGUUUAGACUUGGUUUAGUCCUGGUUUAGACCUGGUUUAGUCCUGGUUUAGACCUGGUUUAGACCUGGUUUAGACCUGGUUUGGACAUGGUUUGGACCUGGUUUAGACUUGGUUUAGUCCUGGUUUAGACCUGGUUUUAUCCUGGUUUAGUCCUGGUUUAGUCCUAUUUUCAUCCUGCUUUAGUCCUGGUUUAGUCCUGGUUUAGUCCUGGUUUAGACCUGGUUUUAUCCUGGUUUAGUCCUGGUUUAGUCCUAUUUUCAUCCUGCUUUAGUCCUGGUUUAGUCCUGGUUUAGUCCUGGUUUGGACCUGGUUUAGACUUGGUUUAGUCCUGGUUUAGACCUGGUUUGGACCUGGUUUGGACCUGGUUUAGACUUGGUUUAGACUUGGUUUAGUCCUGGUUUAGACCUGGUUUAGUCCUGGUUUAGACCUGGUUUAGUCCUAUUUUCAUCCUGCUUUAGUCCUGGUUUAGUCCUGGUUUAGUCCUGGUUCAGUCCUGCUUUAGUCCUGGUUUAGUCCUAUUUUCAUCCUGCUUUAGUCCUGGUUUAGUCCUGGUUCAGUCCUGGUUCAGUCCUGGUUUAGUCCUGGUUCAGUCCUGGUUUAGUCCUGGUUUAGUCCUGGUUCAGUCCUGGUUUAGUCCUGGUUCAGUCCUGGUUCAGUCCUGGUUUAGUCCUGGUUUAGCUUGAAUGAAAUUUUACACCAUAUUUGUAAAAAUCGUCGGUUUUAUUCAGACUUACUUCAUCUCGUCAACUUGAGUCGACUUUGGCGCUGAGAGAAUUAAACCUCACAAGAGUCAGUUUUGUGUAAAAACGUGAAAUCCUAAUGAUCCUAAUCAGACUACGAUAAUCUGAUUUCCCGUCUCCUCCUCCUCUUCUCUCUUUUAAUAUUGUUACUGUAGUCGAAGUAUACCUCAUAGUUUUUACAAUAUACUGUACAUUUCAAUGCAUUUCCCAUGUUCAGAUCCUACUGUACUGAAAUAAACGGAAACGACCUC